AUGAAACUUAUUAUCUUUUUCAUAGUUUGUUUCUUGACCAUUCAAUUAUCUUUUGGUCGUUGUCCACUUCCAGAUGCCAAAGAUGAAGGUGCUGAAUGUAAUACAGAUCGAGAAUGUAUACAUCCAUUAUUUUGUUUGAAUGGAGUUUGUACAAAACAACCAAGAACCGAUUCAAAAUGUACCAACCAAACUGAUUGUUCACCGGCCAUUACCGGUAUGAGCUGUAUCGCUGCCAAAUGUGUUGUCACCUCAAUGAAUGGUGAAAGAUGUGACAGAUAUCAAUGUAAUUCAUUGGCACAAUGCAACGAAGGUUAUUGUGGUGAUGCCAAAUGUUUCCAACAAUCUGAUUGUGGUUACAAUUCCUAUUGUAACAAGGAUACUCAAUUAUGUGAAAAAACAAAUGUAACAUGUGAAAGUGAUUCAAAUUGUGGAUUUGGAGGAGUAUGUUCAAAUGGAACUUGUCAUUUAAGAUAUGCAGGUAGUCUUGGAGAAAAAUGUUUAAAGUCUGAACAAUGCAAUAUCUUUGCAGGAUACAUGUGUGAUCCAAUCGGCAAGAAAUGUGUAAAGAGUGAAGCCUAUGGAAAGACUUGUUAUGUCGACGGUGAAUGUAAUGGUGGUAUGUGUCGUUGCAACAAGGACAAUGAAGAUCAAUGCUAUGGAUAUGCUGGAGCCAUCACAGACAGUCAUUGCUUUAGACAACACCAAGCCAUCCAACGUUGUAUCGAGGACAAUAGAUGUAAUCGUAUGUUGCCAUUCACAUGUGACAGAUGUUAUCCCAAAUACAUUUGUUUCCUCUCUACUUGCUUUGCCGAUAAGCUCUUUGACCCACGUUACAAACUCGAAGCCGAAAAAUGUAGUACCGUCAUCUCUGAAGCUGGAUCUUUUGAAGAUCUCCCACCAGGUGACAAAGCAGAUACUGCAACUGGAGGAUCAGGUUCGAAUGAUUCCUCCAUGUUGGUCAUUCCAAUGACUCUCUUGUUAAUAUCCCAUGUAUUGACAUUAUUCAUUUAA